CGGUGCCCCAAGCCCGUGGUCGAGAGGGGAAGGAUGACUCCGCAGAGGUUUACGUUUCCCUAUGGGACGGCUGUGAGGUUCUCCUGUGAUGAAGGCUUCAAGCUGCGCGGUGAUGCUGAGAGCCGGUGCCUGGCCGAUGGUGCCUGGCACCCUCCCCUGCCCACUUGCCAGCCAGUUCUGUGUCCGCAACCGCAAGUGGCCAACGGAAGACUAAAAAGCCCUUCGGGUGGUAAGACGUGGUACCAAACAAAUGAGACUGUUACCUUCGAAUGCCUUCAUGGAUACCACUUUUCAGCCGAUGGAAGCGUGUCUUCAGAAGGCUCUCAGACAGCCACGUGCUUGCCUGAUGGCAACUGGACACUGCUGCCCAAGUGUAAGGGAGAAGGUGACGCUGAUGUAUGCGAAGAGAUUCACGAUAUCAAAACUGUCUUUGACUGCGGUGUGCCUAUAGAAGAACUGAAAACUCUGCUGGAAAUACAAAAACUCUUUCUGGAGAUUAAAAAACUAAAGGUAGAACUAGGACACUUGAACGAGGGAGUCAUCUAACGAUCACUGUUGGUGAACAUGCAGCUCAUGUGGUCACAGCACCUAUAAGGCGGCUCUCGGUGACUUUAUGGUUCAUGCUUGCAUGCACGUAGCCAGAGAAAUAAUAACCAAUGUACGGGGGACUGCUUUGGCCUUGCUGGAUGCUAGAGCACAGAGGGGGGUUUGCUCUUUUCCUUGAGUCUGACAAGCUUGAUUUGCUACUGAACAAAUGUGUUCUUUCACGUUUUAUUUUAGGAAGCAUAGGAAGUGGGUCAGGUUGGAGGGGGCUCAGCACCCUGAUCCAGGUAAAGGUGUCCCUGCUCACUGCGGGGCGUUGGGCUAGAUGGCCUCUAAAGGUUCCUCCCAACCCAAAGUAUUCUGUGAUUAAAUUGAGCUUCUUUGAGUCACUGCCUAAACUGUGCUAAGCCAAGAGAAGGGGGACUGCAGUCCACACAAGUAAAUUCCAGCUGAGAUGAGUGCCUGGCUCUCUGGAGGUGCCUCUGCUGUCAUCCUCCAGUGGCUUGUGCAGGGCUGCGUCCUCUGCCUGUACCGAACUCACCCUGCUACAGCAUUAGCACACUUCUAUCUAGAAACAGGAGUGAAGAGAGCAUUUAACUAUGCCGUUUCCUCUUAAUCUGGCUUGUGAUUUCUAUUCAUCUGGUUAAGGGCAGUUACAUAUAAGAAGUGCAUUUGUAAAGGCUUCUAUUCCCUUAUCCCUGGACUUAAAACAGGCGACAGGCAGCAUGCUCGACAGAGAUCUGUGGUGGUGUUAUCUUCCAUGUGCCUAUUUCCAGCAA